AUGCUGAUAGCCAGCUGUAUUUUGGACAUUGGCUAUACUUUAACAAGCAUAUACUCUAUGUUGGUAAGCCGUUUUUUUGCAAAAACAGAUCAUCAACUUUUUUUUUAGACCCUAGUUUAUGUUGACCGCAAGGUAUAUGACGUCAUUCGCAACCCGCUCCUCGCUAACAGCCCUGCGGCUGCAACGUUUGCCUUCGAAGUGCAGAUGUACUUUAUUUUCCUCUCGGUGAUUGUCAUCCCCAUCCAAUACAUGUAUCGAUACAAAGUUGUAACCUCUCCGACAACUUCUCUUUCCGUAGUCCUGUGGCCAUUACUGAUCUCAGCGACAUAUCUGGCGAUUCAUAUGUCCUUCUUGCCAUACACUUUUCAAGUUCCCUCAGAAAAAUACGAUAAAAUUUUGGAAGAUGGAGGAGCAGGGAAGUACGUUGGAGUUCCGUAUUUUGUCGGUGACGCGGUAAGUUGUUAGUCGUAUAUAUUGAACAAGUACCUUUGCUAUUUGUUCAACAAGUGCUUAACGCUUUUUGAAAACUAUUGAAAUGAUUUAGGAUGUAAUGAAGUGGCUGAAUUUGCACUUGCUAGAUUGUGUUAUGAUGAUCACCGUUUCUUACGCCGUAACCUAUAUUUAUUAUCGUAAGACGCAAAAGUACCUACGCCGAUAUGAAAAGAGUGUUUCACCGUCGACAUUGAAGGCUCAAAGACAAGUCGGAAUGGUGCUGGCGUUGCAAGUAAGUAAAAAAAUACAUUAUGAAGGAUACAGGAACAAAGAUAGGCGAAAUUUGAGCUUUAUAUACCUAAACAUGCCCUUAUGUCUUUGUAAAUAAAGUAUAGUUGUUCUAUGGAACUAUUUACAGGCCAUCUACCCCUUAAUCGUCUUGGGCGUUCCGUCUUUGAUCGGAAAUUUGGCCCCAAUCCUUGGUCUAAACUCUACUGCUCUCGGGAAUGUCCUGAUUUGCACCGUCCACACAACACCCGUCCUCAACGCUUUAGCUGUUAUCGUCCUCGUCCCAGCAUACAGACGAGCUACAGUCUCAAUUCUCCGAGGAAUCCUUCUUUGUCGUCCCAGCGAGUUCAAAAGAUCAGCUACAGUUCACGCAUCUUCCUACACAGAUACGCAUCGGCAAAGUACAAUUGCUAUUUGA